AAAACAAUAGUGUUUGGUGGCCUCAGAAAUCAUUGAGGCUGACGGCCACGGCAUGGUGCGUGUUCGGUUUCUGCCCCAUCCUCUUCAUGUAUGACACAAUGAUCAACUCAAGUUUUGCCGCCUUCUUCUACGUCAGUCGGCGUGGCAUGCGGCCCCCAACCGCCAACGUAUCCACAUAUUCGCGAGUCAGACGACCGUCCAUGGUGAUGAACCGUAGACUAGUACGUGGGCCUGCAAACCUGAUCUGCCGGACCGCUGUCGGCCAGGCUGGGUCGCUAUCUCAUUGUCCACAAGAUCCUCCAAUUUACUUCUACGCCUUGAGACAAUCGAAGCUGUCGAGUGCAGAGGAUUUCGGGCUUCCCUUGAGGGCCCGUGUGCAGUAUGUCUGCCUCGGCAACGCCGUUUGUUGCAUUCCAUGUCGCAUUCUGGAAGUUGCGGCUUCGUCGCUGAGCCUUCUAGACAGAUUUCAACCGCUUGAGACAACAACGUCGUCGACUUUUCCUAACCAGCAGACUUUCUUUAUUGCCAUUGCCCUUUGCGGCAACCGGCCGAGGGCUUCAGACACCGUGGACAACUGCAGUCAGGUCUCCAUCGGUCUUUUGUUACUUUCCCAUACCGAGUCAAGCUCUUGUAUGCGGCAUCGUCUGAUGACGAAACCGAAUAAUUGAGAGCGUCGGGCUCAACAGAGAUGCAGGAUGGGAGAAGAAGAAGAAGGGUGAGUCUGAUCGCACACUCUAAAACCUGUGCGCUCGACCUUAUCCCUCGCAUCGGAGGUCUGGCCGA